AUGGUGCUUGAUUUAUCUUCGAAUAACUUGAGUGGUAUCAUUCCUCGAUGCAUUGUAAAACAUAGCAAAAUUCUUUCGGUCUUGAAUUUUGCUGGGAACAAAUUAUAUGGUACUAUCCCCAACACAUUUUCAGUAGGAAGUACUUUGAGAAAUCUCAAUCUAAAUGGAAAUCAUUUAGAAGGCUCAUUGCCAAGAUCACUAGAAUAUUGCAGAAAUCUUGAAGUUCUAGAUCUUGGAAAUAACAUCCUCAACGACUCAUUUCCUCACUGGCUAGACUCUCUUCCAGCCUUACGGGUUUUAGUCUUGAGAUCUAAUAGGUUUUAUGGUUCGAUAAGAAAACCUAAAAUCGAAUAUCCUUUUCCUGAGUUAAGGAUUAUAGAUUUGUCCCACAAUGAGUUUGAUGGUGCUCUUCCAACAAAAUACUUUGUCAACUUCAAAGCUAUGAUGAAUACAGAGAAUGUCCAACUGAAGUACAUGGGAGAUGAUUAUUACCAAGACUCUAUAACAAUGACCAUGAAAGGAUCUGAGUUAGAGUUGGUGCAUAUCCUAACUAUCCUUGUAACUCUUGAUUUCUCAUGCAAUAAUUUUAGUGGAGAGAUUCCAGUGUUCCUUGGAGGGCUGAACGAACUCAAGGGCCUCAACAUUUCUCAUAAUAUGCUCAGAGGUACCAUACCAUCAUCAUUGGGAAAUUUGACUAACCUUGAGUGGUUAGACCUCUCUGUUAACAAGCUAAGUGGGAAUAUUCCUUGGCAGUUGACCGAUUUAAUAUGGCUCGAAAUCUUAAACCUUUCAGAAAACAAACUCGUGGGACCGAUACCCAAUGGUAAGCAGUUCAAUACUUUUAGCAAUGAUUCAUUCAAAGGAAAUUUAGAUUUGUGUGGUUUUCCACUGUCCAAACCAUGCAAUGAGGAAUAUGAAGGAUCGACCAUGGAGCAAGAAAAUGAAUCGGAGGAUGCAAAUGGAUUUACUUGGAAAGUUGUGGUAUUGGGGUAUGGAUGUGGCUUUGUGUUUGGGAUCUUCAUAGGUUAUAUUAAUUUUUUCUCAAAUGGAAGAGCAGGCUCUUUCCCAAGAUCAAUUUUUCAGCAAGUCAAUCUCACAGAUUUGGAACUCUCCUCAAAUAACUUGAGUGGUGUUGUGCAGUUUGACCAAUUUUCAAAGUUAAAAAAGCUCCAAAUUUUUUAUCUUUCUGAUAAUAGCUUAUCAUUGGUAUCUAACAGUAAUAAUAAUGAUACUUUGCCCAAUAUUCUUUCUGAAUUACAUUUGUCUUCAUGUGGCAUAAGUGAGUUCCCAUACUCCUUAAGAAGCUUAGAAAAUUUAAGAUACUUGGAUCUCUCCAACAAUCAAAUCGAAGGGAGUGUUCCCCAAUGGCUAUGGAAUAUGGGUAAGGAUUCAUUGCUUCAAAUCCUUGAUUUGUCAAAUAACAAUUUGAGUGGGAACAUUCCUCCAUGCUUAGGAAAUUCAAGUCUCCGUGUGCUAGAUUUGCACAAGAAUAAGCUUCAUGGCUUGAUUCCUUCACAUUUUGCAAAGGGAAACUGCCUAUGUGUUUUGAAUCUCAAAGAAAAUCAAUUGGAAGAUAUUGGAAUCAAUAAGAUAAAUGGAGCAUUCCCCUGGUGGUUGGAAUCUCUUCUGAAUCUCCAAGUUCUUAUCUUGAGAUCUAAUAGAUUUCAAGGUCCAAUAGGCAAUCUCAAGGUGAGACAUCCCUUUCACAAUUUGAGAAUCAUGGAUCUCUUUGGCAAUGAAUUUACUGAUCAUUUGCCCCAAAAAUAUUUUAAGAAUUUUGUGGGAAUGAUGAAUGCUACUUCAGAUUACUUGAGAUACAUGGAAUAUCCAACACUAAUUCGAUAUUAUGAAAGCAGUUCAUUGACAGUAAAAGGAUAUUAUGCUGAGUUAGAGAAAAUCCAAACCAUGCUUAUAUUCAUUGACUUCUCAAGAAAUAACUUCACAGGAGAGAUCCCAGAAUUGCUUGGUAAGCUCAACUCACUCAAAGGGCUCAAUUUUUCACAUAACAAGAUAUCUUGCAAUAUUCCACCAUCCUUGGGAAAUUUGACCAAUCUGGAAUGUCGACAAUUUGAUACAUUCACAAACGAUUCAUACAAAGAGAAUUUGGGCUUAUGUGGGUUUCCAAUUUCAGAAUCAUGCAACGAGGACACCAUACACCAAUUUCAGCAAGAAGACAAUGAGGAGCAUGUGAAGGGAUUUGAUUGGAAAAUUGUGUUAAUAGGAUUUGGAAGUGGAAUGGUUAUUGGAAUUUCGAUCGGAUACAUGUUCCUUACCGAUCAAAACAUUGAUGGGAUUGUCAAAACAUUGAAAGGAGAACAAUGGCAUCUUAUGGCAAAAAGAUCAAAGCAGAGGAGGGCUCGUCAAAAUGUUGGAAUUGAGAGAAGACAUUAG